GCCCGCCCGCCCCCGCGCCCGGUAUAUAACCCGCGCUCCCGGCCACCACUCAUCAUUCCCGCUCUGUUGCAGCCUCAGCUAAACUCCGCAGACACACUCCGUCCUACACAAUGGCCGCUAAAUUCCUCGUACUUAUCGCCUUCUUGGCUGUGGCGAACGCCGGCAUGGUGCGCCGCGACGCCGCCAACCCCUGGGAGGAGAUCCAGAAGAACGCGGAGGCGGUGGGCAAGACCAUCCAGGAGCAGUGGAACAAGCUGGUGAACAGCAAGAACACGGCCGAGGUCAACAAGGCCAUCAAGGACAACUCCGACGAGGUGCUCAAGCAGCUCUCGCAGCUCUCCACCUCGCUGCAGAACGCCAUCAACGACGCGAACGGCAAAGCCAAGGAAGCGCUGGAGACCUCGAAGAAGAACAUCGAGAAGGCCGUGGAGGACCUGCGCAAGGCGCACCCCGAGGUGGAGCAGCAGGCCAACAAGCUGCGCGACCAGCUGCAGGCCGCCGUGCAGACCGGAGUCAAGGAGACCGAGAAGCUGGCCAAGGAGAUCGCCGCCAACGCCGACGAGGCCAACAAGAAGCUCGCGCCGCAGGUCAAGAAGGCCUACGAGGACUUCGUCAAGCAGGCCGAGCAGGUGCAGAAGAAGAUCCACGAGGCCGCCACCAAGCAGUGAGCUCUCCUACCACCACCCGCCACCUCCCGCCCCGCCCUUAUCAAGUAAUAAAUAGCUCGACCCCA